CAGGAACAAGAAGAGUUCAGGGAGACACAAUGGCAGAAGGCAACCCAGUCCAGAACCUCUGCGAGGAAACAACAUGCCCCAUCUGCCUUCAGUAUUUCAAAGACCCAGUGAUCGUAGACUGCGGCCACAAUUUCUGCCAAGCAUGCAUCACCCGGGCCUGGGGGGAACCUGACAGAGAUGCUUCUUGCCCCCAGUGCAGCGAACCUUGUCAGCAAAGGAAUUUCAGGCCCAACCGGCAACUGGCGAGCAUUGUGGAAAUAGCCAAGAAAUUCAGCCUUCAGAUGGCCAGAGGGGCGGAAGCGCUGGGAAGGGUUUGUGAGAGACACCAGGAGCCCCUGAAACUCUUCUGUGAAGACGACCGAGCCCCCAUCUGUGUAGUGUGCGACAAAUCCAAGGAGCACAGGGACCACAAAGUGAUCCCGAAGGAGGAGGCCUUUGAGGAGUAUCAGGGUAAAAUCCAGGGUCAUUUGGAAUUCCUGAACAAACAGAAAAAGGAAAUUCUGGCUUCUAAACUGAGUGGGGAGGCUGAAAGCCAGAAGCUGCUGAAGCGGACGGAAUCGGAGAGGCAGAAAAUCGUGGCUGAUUUCAAGCAAUUGCACCAGUUUCUGGAAGAACAAGAGCGCCUCCUGCUGGCUCAAUUGAAGGAACUGGACGAUGGGGUUAAAUCCUGUGGGGACCAACAUAUUGCAAAACUCUUUGAGGAAAUGUCUUCUAUUGACGACCUUAUUAAGGAUCUGGAGGAGAAGCAGAAACAGCCAGCGACUGAAUUCUUGCAGGAUAUCAGAAGCAUAUUGCAAAGGUAUGUGGCUUUGUUACACACAGUGGGCUGAAAGGAAUCUC